AUGGGUGAUGACUUUGAAAGGUUCUAUUCCGACCUAAAAGAGACGGAAAAAAAAGAUGCGGUUUUGACACCGAAACAACAAAUAGAUCGAUUACUUCGUCCAGGUUCAACGUAUCUGAACCUAAACCCGUUUGAGGUGCUACAAAUAGACCCAGACUCAGACCUUGAGACAGCGAAGAAAAAGUAUAAGAAGCUUUCCCUGCUAAUACAUCCUGAUAAAAAUACAGAUGAUCGAGAGAGAGCUGAUCGCGCAUUUGAUGUGGUAAAAAAGGCGAUGAAAAUGAUUGAAGACCCGGAUGAGCUGGCCAAAUGUCGUGAAACUUAUACUGAAGCAAGAGCUCGGUUAGCCAUAAUAAUGAGUGAAAAGCGUCGUAAACAGAAAAAGGAAGGAUUAAGUGACAAGAUUCCUGAAGAUGAUCCUGCCGUUUACAACAAAGCACUUUGGGUUGUUGUUACGAAGGUUUUCGCUGACCGAGAAAAGAAAAGGAAAAUGCUCGAAGAAAGAGCUAACGAAGAAAAACGUCGGGCUGCCGAAGAGCUUUUAGCUGCUGCGGAAAAGAGGAAAAGAGAGGAGGAAUUUGCAAAGAAUUAUGAGGAGUCACGUGAUGAGCGGAGAGGAACGUGGAGGCAGUUUAUGGCUAAGAAGGAAAGGAAGGAGGGUGAGGGUAAAACCUUGCGUGGGACCGCCUUUAAACCGCCAAAGAUUAAAUUAGAAACAAGUGGAAAGUGA